AUGUCCUCAUCGUCGACCUCCAUCAUCAACCCAAGCCUCAGUGAGGAGCAAUGGGUGAAGCACAUCCGAGACGCCCUACAUCACGGGAUCGAUAUUGAGACCCCGGUUUCCGUCCAUUGCGUGCCUGAAUCUAUCAGCUCUGCAAAGCCGGAGGCCUACGUCCCGCACCAUGUUGCGCUGGGACCAUACCACCACCUCCGGCCACAGCUCUACCAGACGGAGCACCCCAAGCUGGCCGCAGCCCGGCGGGCACAGGCAGCGCUGAAGCUCCCGGCAUUCGAUCGGACGGCUGGUUUGCUCCAAGCGGAGGAGGCGAAGAUUCGCGCAAGCUACCAGCUGCACCUGGAAGUCGGCACGGACACUCUGAAAUGGAUCAUGACCAUCGACAGCUUGUUCUUGCUCGACCUACUGUACAGAUACAAGUCACCCCACAUCGGAAUCAAGGAAGACUCAAUUUGGGAUGAUGACCCAGACUCCGCCGUCAAAGACGUGAUGAUGGUGGAGAAUCAAAUUCCGACCUUUGUGCUGAGGAAAAUAAUGUUGCAGACCGAGAAUUCGAUGAACGAAGUGAGAGAAAAUGAAGAAGAUGAGUCCAUAGAUGGGAAGCUUGGGGAGAUGUUGACGAGGUUCUGCGAAGGGAUAUCACCUCUCCGGCUGGAAAUGUGCUUGCCGUCUGAAGCCAUUCAGCGUAAGCAUUUGCUCGAUCUCCUUUACAAUCUCAUCUUGGGAACAACAGGCCCAGAAGCAGCACAGACGAAGAAGAAUGAGCUUAGAAGUGCAAGCUUUUUCCGUCUGAUAGACAUGGCAUCGACACAAACAUCAAAAGUCACUAAGGCAUGGAACAAGUUAUCGAAAUGCUCUUUCAUGAAGAAGCUGAAAGUGCUGAUCAAGCUCUUCUUCAACAUGGUAUCGAUACCAGCAUCAAAAGUCACUGCAGCAUGGAAGGAGUUAUCGAAAUUCUCUUUCAUGAAGAAGCCGAAAGUGCCAAUCGAGCUCAUCUUCAAGAUAAUUCAAGUGGCAAUGCAAUUGAUUCCCAGAUGCUCCGAGUACCUUUCAAAUGACCCUUUUCAAGAAAUCGUUAUGAUCCCCACAGCGUCAAAGCUCCGCAAUGUCGGGAUCAAACUAAGCUUGCCACAGGAGAGGGGCUCCUUAAUUCUGACACGAUACACUGAGUUAAUGUACGGCAUUAUCGACACCUCCGAGGAUUUGAAGUUGCUGAGGGAAGCGUCCAUUGUCUUGAACCGCCUGAACAGCGACAACAAGGUCGUGGAGCUCUUCAAUGGAGUGAUCAAAUCCAUAGGUUCCAAAAGCACUGCGUCGGAGCUGGACGAGACGAUUCGAGACGUCAACGAGUACUACAACAGCACUCGAAAGGUCAAGGUUUAUAAUCUCAUGAGGAAGUACGUCUACUCUUCUUGGAAGUUUCUCACUGUGGUCGCCACCGUCGUGCUCAUUUUGCUCAUGGUUCUGCAGACAUUUUGCUCUGUAUUGAGUUGUCCUCGGUUAUUCAACAAAGCAUUCAACAAAGCAUGA